ACUUCUUUGACGGGACACUUAUAAGGGAAGUUUGACAGUUCGGCUCCCAGUUUCCCCUCUGGUCCCAAACUCGGAUUGCCACUUCAGCGGAGAGCGAGUCGUCCCAGCGUCGGAGAAAGAGCCUCUGGGCCGCCUCUUCUUUCUCUCGGUAACUUCCCAGCUGCCUGAGGAUGGGUGACUGGAGCGCUCUGGGCCGCCUGCUGGACAAGGUCCAGGCCUACUCCACUGCCGGGGGGAAGGUCUGGCUGUCGGUCCUCUUCAUCUUCAGGAUCCUGGUCCUGGGCACGGCGGUGGAAUCGGCCUGGGGGGACGAGCAGUCGGCCUUCAAGUGCAACACGCAGCAGCCCGGUUGCGAGAACGUGUGCUACGACAAGUCCUUCCCCAUCUCCCACGUGCGCUUCUGGGUGCUGCAGAUCAUCUUCGUGUCGACGCCCACGCUGCUCUAUCUGGCCCACGUGUUCUACCUGAACCGGAAGGAGCAGAAGCUCAACCGGAAGGAGGAGGAGCUGAAGGCGGUGCAGAACGACGGCGGGGACGUCGACAUCCCCCUGAAGAAGAUCGAGAUGAAGAAGCUGAAGUACGGCAUCGAGGAGCACGGGAAGGUGAAGAUGAAGGGCGCCCUGCUCAGAACCUACAUCGUCAGCAUCUUCUUCAAGUCUCUGUUCGAGGUGGGCUUCCUGGUGAUCCAGUGGUACAUGUACGGCUUCAGCCUGAGCGCCGUGUACACCUGCGAGCGGGUCCCGUGCCCACACCGGGUGGACUGCUUCCUGUCGCGUCCCACGGAGAAGACCGUCUUCAUCAUCUUCAUGCUGGUGGUGUCGCUGGUGUCGCUGCUGCUCAACAUCAUCGAGCUCUUCUACGUGUUCUUCAAGAGGAUCAAGGACCGCGUGAAGGGGAAGCAGCAGCCGGUGCUGUACCCCAGCGGGGGCACGCUGAGCCCCACCCCCAAGGAGCUGUCCACCACCAAGUACGCCUACUACAACGGCUGCUCCUCCCCCACCGCCCCGCUCUCCCCCAUGUCGCCGCCGGGCUACAAGCUGGCCACCGGCGAGCGCGGGACCGGCUCGUGCCGCAAUUACAACAAGCAGGCCAACGAGCAGAACUGGGCCAACUACUCCACGGAGCAGAGCCGGCUGGGCCAGAACGGCGCAGGGAGCACCAUUUCCAACUCCCACGCCCAGGCCUUCGACUUCCCCGACGACACCCACGAGCACAAGAAGCUGCCCUCGGCAGCGGGACACGAGAUGCAGCCGCUGGCGCUGAUGGACGCCAGGCCGUGCAGCCGGGCCAGCAGCCGCAUGAGCAGCCGGGCCCGGCCGGACGACCUGGACGUGUGAGGCCCGGGUCCCGCUCUGCCACCGCCACCUGGCAGCAGCCGGAGCAUCGCGCGGGACUAACGUCAGUCAGCGGGACUCUUAGUUAGUCGGAGAGACAUUAAAACGCUAUGUAACACUGUCAAAAGGUACAAACCGCCAUUUGUUUUAGGAGCUGAUGCAGGUUGAGGAGCACGGAACCAGCCUCACGCCACCCGCAGCAGGCGCGCUCAGACGCGUCCGCGCGACCGCUUCCUGUCCGCUAGGAGCUAGAGAGGUGUUCUCGUGAGGAACCCGGAGGGUUCCAGCCUAGAAGCGGGCAAAGUAAGAAAGAGGAGCGUGAGCAAGACGACUAAUGAGGGAAAAGUCUGCUCCACGGCUCAAAACUGUAAACUAGAGUAGAACACAACACACACACAGACACACACACACACACAGACACACACUCAUGCACGCACGCACACACACUACUAAUACCAGUAAUAACAUAGUAAUACCAGCGGCCUCGCUCCUUUGCUUGUGUAAUAAAGCUGCGUUUUCGUGCCAGCCAACAUUCCCGACACAUUUCUUCCGCUUCGCGCCUGAACUCAUUCAUCCCUCGUCAACUCAAAUUGAACCUGUGGAGCCAGGACUCCACGUCCAGCGCUGCCCCGUAGACCUGACCAAGGUUCUGGAGGUGCCUGUGGUGAAUAUUUAUUAUCUGUAUGGUCACACCUCUGCAGUACCACUAAGAGAAAAGCUGACUACUGUGCAGAUCCACCCCCCCCCCUCCCCCCUCCCUCCCUCCCCACCACCAUCAGCCCCACACGCUGUAUAUUUAUUGAGUGAGAACAAUUCAUACUUUGGUAGCGUUGUCAUUCAGCGAGGACUGUUUCCUGAUAAACUUUGAAUUUAUGUGUUGUGCUGUUCAUGUUGUGUCUCAUUGGGAGUGUGUGUGUAGGAAGGUGUGUGUUUUCAUCUUUGUGGCUGCCAUUGAAGGACAUGGUGAGCGACUGAGUGACUUGUUUGUUUUCCAGAGUCAGUGUAAGCGUUGCUGCUUGACCAAUAGAUGUUUAGUACUGUAAAUCAAGCUAACUGUGAGUUUUUACAAGACUGCUUCUAGAGCUGGACUAAUAUUUAGUCGUCUGCCAGUGUAGCUCCUUUCUUACUGCAUCACUCUUGCCUUCUGCCGUCACGUCACUCGUGCAUCUCUUGGUCGGUACUUGCAGCGCGUCAUGGAUCUGUGAGCUACAAUGCUUGACAUGGAAUGUGGUGCACACAGACAGUGAUGUUACUAAUUUAUUGAUAACACAGGCAUCACUACAGUGCAGAGUACCAGACAUUGGACCACUGGUUUCACUGACUGGUUGGCUGCUUAGUCAUCCAGCUGAGAUCCACUGUUGUACAGUGUAAGUGCAUGAUAGCGAACAACAAGUCAUUGUAUCUGUGAAAGGCUGUUUUAACCAAUAAAGAUGUUUUUCUUUCUUA